GCUCGCUGUGAUGUGAAAUUUAAGUGGAUCAACUCGAACUUCGCCUACAACACCGGCCUACAAUUCCCUUUCGGCGUUCCUCCCCAGCUGAUAGUUCCGCCUUCGAACCAGGUCUGGCAGACACGCAGACUUACGCCAUAGAUUUCAAAGCCAUGGAAGAUGACAAUCUAUCACCGCGCAGAAAUCUGCAUACAGCUCUUUUUCAUUUUCUUGCUUCAUAUUUUUUAUAUGUUGCUUUGAAGAGAAACGACGUACGGGGGAGAUGUUCAACUAUAUUCCAAAAUAAAUAUUGCGAACAAGCCGAUGGGGAAGGAAGACGGCUUUCAAACCUGAUAAUGAAUACAUUUGCUUAUUUUACAUAUUCUCUCCAAUUCGUUGUUUUAUUCUAUAUCCCUAUUCUCUAUGCAACGCGUCGCCUCUCAUAAUACAGAUGGUCAUCAGGCCAAGGAUUGCAGCAAAUCUGCUAACGUUUGCUACAACUGCAACCAAGAGGGACAUUUGAGCAAGGACUGCCCUGAGCCCCGCGCUGAGAAGGUCUGCUACAAGUGCAAUGAAAGCGGACACGUCGUACGUAUAUAGCAACAUCAUGCUCUUCAGUUCUUUCGUUGUCGGUUUCUAUGUUAUUUAUACUUUUGUUGAUAGUCUCGGGAUUGCCCCAACGAGACCACUUCUGCUGGUCCU